AUGAAUCCAGAGUUUAAUUGUGCAUUAGCCUGUGCUCCAAGCUUCCCAGACAACUCACAUGCUUCAGCCCACACUUGUCAAUUCCAGAAUACCCCUUCCGCUAAUCCCGACCCAAACAACAUCAACUCCCCCAAUUGUCUACAAGCUGUUGAAGAGGAGAAUCGGAAAUUGAAGGAAGAGAUUGAGUCUUUGAAAGGUCUCUUCCACAACAUUGCAAUCAAAAACUCCAACCAAACUAACACACCAAGCAAGACACGCCGACCUCGAAAAUCCAUAACUCCUCAGAAGUUGAAAAAUAAGACCUCUCAUACUCAUGACCUUGAUAAAGUAGAUCCCGAUCAUAUCAGUAAGAAGUUACUUGCCAGUUGCUAUGAUCUGGCUUGGUGUUUGAUGAACUGCGAAACUGGUACUUCUCCAGUUCCUGAUGCUCCAUCUGUCCUUGAGCAAAGAAAACUCAAAGGCUUCUUUGACAUGUUGCCAAACCCCCCUAGUGACACUGCCGGACUACGGAUUCAGCAACGCGAACUUGCUUCCAUCACAAGCAACUCAAAGAUUGUUCAAGAUUACAUCGACUUUGUUCAUGGUACCAUGCGACGCUGGGGCAUCACUUGGUUUACAAUGGAUUGGGAGAGGCACUAUGAUGACCAAUUCAAUCAAAGAAUGUGGGAUCAAGCCAAGAACACUCAAAGACAAUCUCUCAAGCGACUCUACCUUCAAAACCAGGGUGUCCAUAUAAGUUUCAUCGAACCAUUCAACAACAAGGAUGCUAACUCUGACAAUGAACUUGUCAUGCACAACGAUUCACCGUUAGCCUUGGCCAAAGUCCCUGCUUGGCGUUCCCAAAAGGCGACAGAUUUCAUUGACUGGAUUGAGGCCAGACGUAGAGCUCAGUGGGUCUCAACUACCACCCUUCAACAGAAAAAGAAGUACGGAGUAAAAGCAACCCUCAGACCACACCAAAGAUCUCAGCCACCCAUCAUCAAUGAAAAAGCACGUAUACCAAUUGGUCUACCAGAAGAUUGGUAUUCUGGCGACUUUGAAGGGAAUAACAUGUAG